AUGUCACGACGGGCUCUCCUUUCCGUCCCACGCGCCAUGCGCACCUCGGUCCAAACCUCCGCUGUCCGACCGAGUCUCGCCUCCCCGUCAUUGCUCAGACCCGCCGCCGCCGUCUCGCAGCAGCGACGAAGCUACCACGAGAAGGUCCUUGACCAUUACUCAAACCCGAGAAAUGUCGGCUCCAUGGACAAAUCUGCAUUGGAUGUUGGAACAGGCCUCGUUGGCGCCCCCGCUUGCGGCGAUGUUAUGAAACUGCAAAUUAAGGUCGAUCCCGACACCCAAACGAUCAGCGAUGUGAAAUUUAAGACCUUUGGGUGCGGCUCCGCAAUUGCCUCCUCAUCGUACCUCACCGAGCUCGUGCGCGGCAUGACAUUAGAACAAGCAGGGAAGAUCCGCAACACGGAGAUUGCAAAGGAACUGUGCCUGCCGCCGGUCAAGUUACACUGCUCUAUGCUCGCUGAGGAUGCUAUCAAGAGCGCCAUCGGCGACUAUUACAAGAAAAAUCCCAAGGCUAGGGCGACAGAUUUGGGUUCCGCAUCGGCAUCGAUGCCCAAGAUUGAAAUUGAAAGGGUCACUGCAACAACCGAUACGGGUGCCAGUGCGACGGCUUGA